GCUAAUGGAGCGUGGAGACGCGGCCUUUCUGCGGGGCCGGUCAGCGGAGCCCGGGACUGAGAGAUGCUGAAUCUGUCACACGUGGGCAGGGUCUCACUCGUGUCAGAGUCCGACUGCUGGAACACAAAUCCCUUCCCACUGUGCCAUUCUCAUCUGCUAAUCGCCAUCCCGUGCUGAAAGAAGAAAAGCCCUUUCUAAAAUUAGGUGACAGCUAAAUUUUGGUGACCCUGUCAAGGACUUGAGGAUCUCUGUUGUCACUAGUGUCUUAUGUGGAAGGCAUUAAGAUAGAAGGAAGGGUGCUGAAACCAACACAUACUAUCAAAAAGGGCAGGAGCCACUAUGUGUUGGGAACGUAAAACAUCACACAGUGUGUGGGUCUCACUCUGUGGGAUUUCUUUUCCCCGUCCCCUUCCCUUAAAAUACUUUUAACCCACAAGACUUUGUGUUUCUUUUUUUCUUCACAGACAAGCAGAGCAAAUACAGAAGUAACCUCCAGAGAUGUUGUGCAGAUACUUUUGCUUCCUCAGUCUGUGUCUUUUCCUUCCAACCCAGAGGAGGUGCUCCCUGGGUCACGUUCCCGACUUGCGCAGUGGAGACACAACCUCCCUCCCCGGAUUUGAGAACCUCACCAUGGGAUACAACAAAUACCUCAGGCCCUACUUUGGUGGGGAACCUGUUCAAAUUGCGAUGAGUCUGGACAUCGCAAGUAUUUCUAGUAUAUCCGAGAGCGACAUGGAUUACACAGCCACCAUCUACCUGCGGCAGCGCUGGACAGACCCCCGCUUGGUCUUCCAUGGCAACAAGAGCUUCACGCUGGACGCUCGCCUGGUGGAACUGCUCUGGGUACCAGACACGUACAUUGUGGAGUCAAAAAGGUCCUUCCUGCACGACGUCACCGUGGGGAACCGCCUCAUCAGACUGUUCUCUAACGGCACUAUCUUGUACGCCUUAAGAAUCACCACAACUGUUGCUUGUAACAUGGACCUGUCAAAAUACCCCAUGGACACACAGACGUGCAGGCUGCAGCUAGAGAGCUGGGGAUAUGAUGAAAACGAUGUCAUCUUCACAUGGCUGAGAGGGAACGACUCUGUCCAUGGCAUAGAGAAGCUGCGUCUCUCUCAGUACACAGUGGAACGUUACUACACCCUGGUCUCCAAGUCACAGCAGGAAACAGGCAGUUACCCACGGCUGAUACUGCAGUUUGAGCUGAGAAGAAACGUCCUUUACUUCAUUUUAGAGACCUAUGUGCCCUCCACUCUGCUCGUCAUGUUGUCCUGGGUUUCUUUUUGGAUCACCUUGGAUUCAGUGCCUGCAAGAACCUGCAUUGGAGUCACGACGGUGCUUUCCAUGACAACUCUGAUGAUUGGCUCACGAAGUUCACUUUCAAAAACUAACUGUUUCAUUAAGGCCAUUGAUGUGUACCUCGGCAUCUGCUUCAGCUUCAUCUUUGGUGCCCUUGUGGAAUACGCAGUGGCUCACUACAGCUCAUCUCAGAAGUGCGCGGCCAAAGCACCUCAAGAGGGGCCUGCAAAUGAACUUACUAAAGAAAUGGAAGAAGUCAACAUCACCAACAUCCUCAACAGCUCCAUCACCAGCUAUAAGCGGAAAAUCAGCUUUACAAGCAUCGAGAUUUCCAGCGAUAACGUUAACUGCAGUGGCUUGACCAUGAAAACUCAUGAGAAAAUCAAAUGUGUCUUGAGAAACAAAAUGCACAGGAUUAUUGGUUAUUUCACAAUUCAGAACCCCAGCAAUGUAGACCACUACUCCAAACUGCUUUUCCCUUUGUUUUUCAUGCUGGUCAAUGUGUUCUAUUGGGCUUAUUACCUAUAUUUUUAGUAGAAAAGAGUUGCUUCAUUCUUCUACUUCAAGAAGAGAGGAACCAUGCCAAUGAGCAUCUAGGUAUCUAACCACGGUGAAUCCAACAUGGACAGAAGGCUCUGUUGUGUUCCCUGGGGCACAGAGCAGAGGAGUGGUGAGAUACACAAGAUGUAAAGCCUUCCCGGUACUUCAGCACGAGCAACAUUGACUCUGGACAACCUCUUGUUCAGCUGAGUGGCUGUGCUGGGCUCCUGUGCUCGUACCUGCUUCUCAUCCCAGCAUCCAGCCUCCCUCCUGGCCGGAGAUGGGGGUGCAGGACUGCAGGUGGCAGCCGCAGAGCACAACGGGUGGCAAAAUGAUCCAGGUUUUA